CAAACAAAAGCGUGUUGUUAGGUCACCAGUCAAGUACAUGGGAACUGAGCAUGCAUCAAAGAGGAGGAAGAGAGAAAAGGGAAAGAAAAGAGAAGAUGAUGAAUUUCUGCCACCUCUGAAGCAAAUAAUUGGACCUUUCUCUGAAGAUCCAACAGAGAACCCACCGGUUGAAGAAAUACAGAAGGUGAAAGAAUACUUAGAAGUUGGAUUGCUGAAGAACUUCACAAAAACAAAACUGGCAGAAGGUACAAAAAGGACGAAGACAGAAUGACCAACAAACCAUUCUUGUUAGAUACAAUGAAAGUUGAAUAAAAAACAUGGUUAUAUGACCUGUUUAUGAAUCACCAAUGGAUCACUGACAAGCAUGUUGAGGUAGUAAUGUACUAUUUGGGCAUGAAAAGGGUGCAUUACAAACUGCCACAGAAGUAUACCACAACUGGCCCUUUUUUCUUGCAAAUACUCAAGCGUGAACUUGACACAAUAUCAAAGGGGCACUACACAUACCACAAGUCAGCAGAACAAGAUAACAUUGUGCGUGAAAUAAUAGGUGCUAACAACUAUAGCCUACACUGGAGCAAGGCAGACUAUGUGUACUUUCCUCUGAAUACUGGCAAUCAUUGGGUGUUGUUAGUACUAGAUAUCAAGCAAAGAAAAGUUAGGGUGUACAAUUCAAAUGCUAGAAGAGGUGAUUCACUGAGGGAUAUCAGAUCCUAUUAUGCAAGCAUAACUGUGCUCCUGCCCAGAAUUAUGGAUUAUCACAGAGUCUACGAACUGAUGGGUGAAGAGAUUAUGGGUGAACGGUAUUUGGAAGUAGAUCCUGUAGAAGGAUGUCCACAACAAGAUGAUGGG